CGCACGAAAGCCAAGCAGUGUUCGGAGCAGGCCUCGUCGUUAGCCCAGCUAUCUACAUAUGCCAUGGAAAGUGUGACGCACCCGGUGCGUUUGCGCUACAGCGCGAUUCAGCUCGAACCAACUAGCAUGAUCGAUUGGUCGCAGCUUCCUGUAUACGUGAUCUUCUUUCCAGGCCGCGAGAGCGAGUGCAGCGUAUGAACAAAGCCGGUAACUGCGCUUUCUUGGCUUCCUCGAGAAUGUGCGCAGCUAUAACUUACAGUGCGAUGUAUUAGCGACACAGUCUGGCCUGCCAGAGCGCGCACUUGCAAGAAUUUCAGAGCGCGCUCGUUCCGAUCGGCUGGGAUGAAAGCUUACAAGAUAUGUGCGAGCAGCUGUAUCUGUUGAUAUAAUCGGUGCUCCUUCGCCGAGCGGGCUGCCUACAAGCCGCCGCCCUUGUGCCCGCCGCCGCGCACCCCUGUGCCCCGGGCUCAGGCGGUGCAGCUGGGCAUGCAGUUCGCACCCAUCCUGUUCCAACACCCCCUGAACCACUCCUUGCUCACAGACCCGGCACACUGGUUCGAGCAGCUGUAACCACGGCAUGCCGCGACGCGAUCCCGAUAGGCCAGCAAGUGGGAGAAGGGCACGUGGUGGCCCGCGGGCCGUGUGUCUCUGCCCGCGGGCGCGGGCGCGCAACCCCUGGAGUACGACAGCUCCAUGGGGCUGUUCGCCUCUCGUCUGGCCACUCCCCGACUCAACACCUCUACACUGGAGGUGGACUUUGACGUGGUGAGUGGGUCCGAGGUGCGCCGCCGCGCUGUGGUGGACCCGGUGGUGGGCGGCCGCCUCACCGGCCGCGUGUGGUACACGGCCUUCCGGCCCUUCAACGACACCACAGGGGAGAUGUUCCCACACUCCUACGUCUUCAGCUACAACUACUUCUACCCCUGGAACGGCUGCUCCAACCAGCUGCUGGCCACUCAGGUGCAGGGGCGGCAACAGGCGCUGGAGUACUACAUGUGCGGGAACAGAACACACGACGGCGACCUGGUGCACGUGAAGUUGUGGGUGUGCGAGGACGACUUGUACCGGGAGGACGCGGCGGCGGCGGUGCGGCGAGUUCAGUUCAGCCCACAUGGCUGGCUACCGGAAUUCGACUGCGACUGCGAGUCAGGGGAGUGCGAGUACGAGCUGGACGAGGCGGGUGUGCGGCGGCUGGUGACCUACUCGGGCGAUCGGGUCUGUUCAGCCACUCCAACUGGCCCAAGCCCAGCCCCCUCUACAUCUACCAAAAGAUCAAGGUCAAGUCCAUCAUGAACAUGGAGGGUCUGUAC